AUGUCGACGAGCGCCGGUGCGCCACCUUCGACGGCUUCGACGGCUCAGAGAAGCCAGAGGGUCCUGGCUUGCGUCCUCUGUCAGCACCGCAAGAUCAAAUGUGACCGCAACACUCCCUGCUCCAACUGCCUCAAGGCAAACGUCACCUGCACACCAAGCACCCCGGCACCUGCACGGAAGCGCAGACGUCCAAACCAGGACCUCCAGGAGCGCCUCGCCCGCUGCGAGGCCCUCCUGAAGCAGUAUGCCGGCGGAGCCCCCCUGACCGCUUCCUCAACCGGUCCAUCUUCCGCCCAGGGCUAUGGUUCCGGUCCCACCCCCAGCCCGGCGCAGACGCCGAUGACGGCGCACACUCCCGGACCAUCGCCCGCGGAGCCUCACACCCACUGGCUGGACAGUAAAUGUCGCGUAUACGAUGCCUUCUCGCCCGGCUCGUGUUUAGCUGAGCCGAUGGGCAAACCGCCGGCCGGCAAGAUGAUUGAAUCGGAAGGCGGUGCCCGCUUCGUGGACAACCGCCUGUGGACUAGCUUCUACGACGAGCUCCAAGCUAUGAGGCAGAUUGUCGACACUGAAGACCCGGAUGAGUCGAGCACCUUUGGCACCGAGGCCCCCACGCCUGACCACGCCAACGAUCUCAUCCUUCCUGGCUCCUCAACCCCCACAUCUGUAGAGGAUUUCUACCCGGACGCCGUCCACACCUUUCGCCUCUGGCAGAUAUUCCUCGAGCGCGUCAAUCCUCUGACAAAGCUCAUCCACGUGCCCACGCUGCAACCGUACAUUGUCGAAGCCACGACGAACCCGGCCGGCGUGGCCCUCCAAUACCAGGCCCUCCUAUUCUCCAUAUAUCUCAUGGCCACCACCUCUCUGAACGAGACCGAGUGUGCCCAGGUCCUUAACAUGCCCAGGGCCGAGGCCAUCAAGAAGUUUACCGGCGCCACGAGAAAUGCCCUUCUCCGUUUCGACUAUCUGCGAAACUACGACAUGGCUAGCUUGCAGGCCCUAGUCCUCUUUCUGGUAAGCAUACACAUGCAGCAACAGCACGGCCUCGUCAGAAGCUCUGCUCUACACCCUCGCGUUGCCCCCCCACCCCAUUCCUCCCCCUUCUCCCCCACCCCUCUCCCCCCUCUCCCUCCAUCCUCUACCUUUACCGACAUGCUUGCUUACUCUACCUGCCCCCCUCCGACGCAGCUCUCUCUCCAGGGUCGGUAUGACCGACACGCCGCCUGGGUCCUGAGCGGCACCGUUGUGCGCAUAGCACAGAAGAUGGGGUACCACCGCGACGGCGAGCUGCUCCACCUGACACCAUUCGAGACAGAGAUGCGCCGUAGACUGUGGUGGCAAAUUCUAUUUCAAGACACCAAGCUGGCCGUCGUAUCUGGCCUGAGUCACAACUUCAUGCGGGGGCCCUUUGACACAAAGCAGCCGCAGAAUCUUAACGAUGCCGAUCUCCUUCCCGGCUCAACCGAGCCCGUCGUUUCCCGGGAGGGUCCCACCGAGAUGUCAUUCGUUCUCAUGAUCAAUCGCGUAGGCACAUUCAUGGUUUCCGACAACUCGCGCUCGGGCUUCGAAGCUGCCAUCGUGGCUCAGGGAUCUGCCACGGAGGGUCAGGGAACCGACGCGCGGAGUUCCGAGGCUGAGGACACGGCGCUGCUCGACCAUUUCCGGACCGUCGUCGACGAGCUGGACCACGACUUGCGCGAGAUUGAGCGCAGAUUUAUCGACCCUACGGCCGGGGGUGUCCACGCUGCGGCCAAGACGCUUCGCAUCAUGCUCACGGAAAAGAUGAUGGGGAUGCUGACGCCGGCGCGUGAGCAGCCUGAGUGGGGGACGGAGAUCUUCACUCCCAAGGACAACUUCUUCAAGAUUGUGCUGAUGAACAAUGAGCACAGCGUCGACAGCUACGAGGUCAUGAACGAGCUGGGCUUCCUCUGGAUCGUGCUGAUGCAUUUCCAGCUCGACGCCUUCUCUGUCCUCACCGGUCAACUGGUCCACCACCCCACAGGCUCCCUGUCGGACCGUGGGUGGAAGGUUGUCGAGAAGAUCUAUAAGUGGCAGCCCGAGCUGUACGACAUGUCGGUCAAGGUGCAUCUGGAUCAGGCGCAGUUUACGCUCAAGGCGUGGAAGGCUCGCGAGCAGGCCUUUGCCAAGAUGGGCCUAGCCACCGAGACUCCCCAGGCAAUCAUCAAGCUGCGCGAGUGUUUGCCGUCGUACGACUCGCGCUCGUCGACUGCUACGUCGGCCACGCCGCCACCUGUGACAACGCACAUGGCGCCCCCUUCGACCGAUUACGACCCGUUCCUCGGCGGACUCGACAACAAUUCGUAUGGUUGGGAAAUGUGGGACAUGAUGCCUGGUGCCACGACCAAUAACCAACUCUCGGCCGCAUUCUUCGGCGGGUUCAAUAUGAUGACCGAACCGGAAUGA